AUGGCCAACCAGAAGAUCUGUCGCAAUUUCGCUCGAGAUGGAAAAUGCAGGUUUCGACCCUGCAAGUUUUCGCACGAUAUUCCCCGCGACAACAACCGGCAUGCGCCUCACCAAAAGACGAAGAGAGCCGAGCCACCAGCUCCCAGCGAGAGCGACUUUCGCGCCUGGAGACGACACCUGUGGGACCCCAACCGGGACUAUCCCUUGGGCCAUCGGCUGGGGACCUUUCUGCAGGAAGCACAACGCCUGAUCGAUCAAGAUGUCGGGGUGCAGCAAGAACGUAUGAAGGAGUUGAUUGACGAAAACAUCCUGACAACCCGGUCGCCUACACAGAAGUCGGCCAUCUUCACGCAGCAGGUGUUGCCUUUUCUAAGCAUCGUAACUCACCCUGGUGUGCGGGACUCCCUGGUCCUCGAACAGGCUGUUGGAACGAUUUAUGCGUUUCUCUACGGCUUCCUGGCAGACAUCCUAUCAUCCGACAAGCACCAGGUCAAGGAGACUCAGAUCGACUACCUCGAAAUGUCGCUUGCAUACAUCCAUGAGGGCCUCAAGCUGUUGGCCAACAGGUUCCAGUCCAUCAGCGCCCUGUUCAAGGUCAAGGUCUACAUGCAACGGAUCCUGCAUCGACUCAGUAUUGGCGCUGCACUCCCGAGCCUACCCUCAUCAUUCAUCGUCCACCACAUCUGCGACAUUCAGAUCCUGCCCACGUCUGAAGAGAUUCUAUCCCCUCAUACCGAAUAUCUGCCCGUGAAGGACCCUCGACAGUGGCAUAUCGGCGGUGUCGCUGGACUCCUGGAUCGCAACUUCCGAUUGCUCCGUGAAGACACGCUUCACCCCACAACUACAGCGCACCCAGGACGUACUUCCUUGUCUUUUGAUCGACACGCGGGGCUGCAAUUUGUGAUCCGGUUCCGUCAGCUGGCGCAGGUGCAGGGGCUGGGUGUCAAACAGCGUGAGGAAUGGUGGAACCAAUCUAAGCGCCUACAGAGUGGUGCCCUUGUAUGCCUAUUUGAUCAGCGUGGAGGAGACGUUCUCUUCUGUACGGUGGCUGAGCCGCCCAGGUUGCCGCCUGGCACCCCCAAGCCCAAGGACCCCCCUUCUCUCUGGAAGGAGAAGGAUGUCGCAACAGUCGCAUUGGAAUUCAUCGACCCUACAAACCAUCAUGUGCAGUUUGUUCUGGAUCGUUAUCGUCCGCGUGGCACCGUCUCACCGGUCACCCUGGUGGAGUUUCCCGGCAUUCUGCUACCAGCUUUUGCCCCAACAUUACGCGCGCUUCAGAAGAUGAAGCGCAGUGAAGACCUGCCGUUUGCGAAUCUGUUAGCUCCAGCGUCCUCCGAGAAUUGGGACCAAGUGACAGAAGUGCAUCCGCCGGCGUAUGCUCUCAAGCCCGGAUUCAAAUUCGAUCUUAGCUGCUUGAUGACUGACGCGACCGAGCUGCAUCUCCGUCCCGGCCAGGCUUUUGACAUGGAGACGUUCAAAGAUAAGUCCAUCUUGGACCCAGCUCAAGCCGUCGGCCUUAUAAACACCCUCCAACACCAAAUAGGGCUUAUCCAGGGCCCUCCCGGCACAGGGAAGAGUUAUACCGGAGUUGCCCUCAUCAAGGUGCUACUAGCCAAUGCGGCCAAAGCCAAAGCCAAUAUUGGCCCAAUCAUCUGUGUCUGUUAUACAAAUCAUGCCCUCGACCAGCUCCUAGAAGAGCUGCUAGAAAGGAAGAUUACCACACAGAUUGUUCGAAUUGGAUCGCGCUGCAAGUCGGAACGUGUGGAGCAACAUACCUUGAACAAACUAGUCCACAAGCCUCCGCAGACCAAAGUCGAGAAGAGUUCGAUCUAUCACCUCCAUGUCCAGCUCGAGGAGUGCCAAAGGGAAUUUGAUGGCCUACGAUUACAUUUCGAAGGGUCUGAGGGGAACUUGAAGUGGUUUCUUGAGCGCUACAACCCCAAGCACUAUCGCCAGCUUUUCAGCACCGAUGAGCAGGGAUGGAUAAGGCCCAAGUCAAAGAAGGGUAAUAACGCAUUCCACCAGUGGAUAAACAGAGGAUUCGAGUCGACGGAGAAGCCCCGAUCUAUCGGUGUCCUUGAAAAUAUAAAUCUUGAACACAUGAGUGUCAGAGAACGGCAAAUGGUCUACGAACACUGGCUCACGGAGAAUAGACGUCAGAAGCACGACAAAGCUAAGAUACUGGUCCAGGAACAACGAAGGAGCAAGGAAGAGAUGAAUGAUGUUCGACACGAGGUUGAUCUGCGAUGUCUCCGGCAGGCACAGGUUAUCGGGGUUACGACCAGUGGCCUCGCUCGGAACCUCAAAAUGCUUCGUCGCCUUCAGUCCAAGGUUGUGCUGUGCGAAGAGGCUGGAGAAGUAUUGGAGGCUCAUCUCCUAACAGCCCUUCUGCCUUCCGUCGAGCACGCCAUUCUCAUUGGGGACCACCAGCAACUCCGCCCGCAGAUCCAAGACUACAAUCUUUCUCGGGAGAACUACCGAGGUGGUGAGCAGUAUUCUCUGGAUCAAUCGUUGUUUGAGCGACUGGUGGAUCCUGGCGAGGACGGGUCAGGGGUGCGAAUGCCGUUUAGCACGUUGGAAACGCAGCGCAGAAUGCAUCCCUCUAUCGCACAGCUGGUCAGGGACACCUUGUACCCUCGCUUAGAAGAUGCUCCAUCGGUUUUGGAAUACCCGGAGGUAUGCGGGAUGCGCCAGAGGCUGUUCUGGUUUGAUCAUCAACACCCCGAAGCCGGCAAUUCCAGUACAGAUGCCGUGAACACCUCACACUGGAACGCGUUUGAGGUUGAGAUGACCACCGCACUAGUCGCUCACUUGAUCCGACAAGGCUGCUAUAGGGCGGGGGAAAUUGCUGUAUUGACCCCUUACCUGGGACAACUCCAUCGGCUCCGACGCCGGCUCAGCGAGUCGUUUUCCAUCGUCCUCGGCGAUCGUGACCAGGACGAUCUGGAGGCAGCGGGGUUGAAUGAAUCAGACGCAGAUACACAUGCUCCGGUGUCUCAGUCAACUGCACUACAGACCGUUCGUGCAGCCACCAUUGAUAACUUCCAGGGUGAGGAAGCCAAGGUUGUGGUGAUAUCGUUGGUCAGAAGCAAUGCCCAGAGACGCUGCGGGUUUCUGCGAACCUCAAACCGUAUCAACGUCCUGCUGUCCCGCGCAAAGCACGGCAUGUAUAUCAUAGGUAACGCUGCUACGUCCAUGGAUGUGCCGAUGUGGCGGCAAGUCGUGGAAAUCUUGAAGAGCAAAGACAACUUUGGAGCUCAGCUCAAAUUGCAAUGUCCACGCCAUCCAGAUUCCCCUAUUGCAGUUUCGGAGCCGGACCACUUCGUGCAAUUUUCUCCAGAGGGCGGUUGCAAUCAGCGUUGUGUCAACCGAUUGAAAUGCGGUCAUGCCUGUAAGCAGAAAUGCCAUUCGACACUGCUUCACAAUGCAGUCUAUUGCCAGGAACCCUGUCCACGACCUUUGAAGGGAUGCGAUCAUGCUUGCCCGAAGCACUGUGGCGAUAAGUGUCCUCAGCGAUGCCAGGUGACCGUCUUCGACGCCAACCGGCACCUUCCCUGUGGACAUGCUGCGGCGGAGCUUCCAUGUUGGCAGGCGCAGGAUCUUUCAGAGGUCAAGUGUCCAAUGCCCGUGGCGAAGCAGGUGCGAAGGUGCAAUCACACGGUGACAGUGCCCUGUCAUGUCGAUGUCGGGAUUUACACGUUCAAUUGUCCAGCGGUGUGUGGAGCCAUUCUUGCCUGCGGGCACCCUUGCCGACGCAAAUGCUGGCAGUGCACUCGGUAUGAGGCAGAGGAUAAGGUCCAAGUCACCACCCACGGGCGGUGCGAACAGCCGUGCGGUCGCAAAUACUCGGCAUGUGCACAUAGCUGUACUCGAAUCUGUCACGAGCCGGAGCCCUGUCCGCCAUGUGAGUCCCCCUGCGAUGUUCAUUGUGGCCACUCCCAGUGCCCCAACAAAUGCUGUGAGCCCUGCGUCCCCUGUGCCGAGACACGAUGUCCAUCGUCGUGCCCUCACGGUGCAUGUACGCUGCCCUGUGCGGCUCCUUGUGACAACGUUCCUUGUUCCAAGCGCUGCGAGAAACUUCUGGCUUGUGGCCACCAAUGUCCCUCUAUUUGUGGCGAGAUAUGCCCCCAAUCUUCGUUCUGUCAGAUAUGUGCUGCCCCGGAGGUCAAAGACCGCGUUGUUGACUUUAUCCUCGGUGAGGCCUAUCAUGAGAUAGAUCUCAACGAAAACCCCUGCAUCUUUCCUCGAUGCGGACAUUUCUUGACUAUGGAGAGUAUGGAUGGCCAGAUGGACAUGAAAGAACAAUACGAGCUGGAUGCAGACGGUAAGCCGGUUGCGAUCACCGCGUCAUCAAAGCCAUUUUCCGUCGAGGACGUCAAAAGAUGUGCCACCUGCCGAGGAUCUUUACGGGAUAUUUCUCGGUACGGUCGGCUGGUACGUCGGGCCAUGUUGGAUGAGGCCACAAAGAAGUUUAUUCUGUAUCUUAACAAUGAAUAUGUGCCCAUGGCUCAGGAACUGCCAAAGCUGAUUAUCGGGCUACCUGAAGCCAAGAAUUCGGCUGGGUCCUCGGCAAUGUUCCAAAUUGGCGAAGCCAUACGGAUCGAAGGCUCCGGUAGCCAACAAAUCAAACACUUGGGGGAUCUCAUGAAAAAGAACAAAAUCAGUCGCUGGGAUGAACUGGUCCGACUGAGGAAACGCAUGGUGAAGUACUAUUCCCGGGUCCAAGUGGAAGAGCAACCGUUCAGUCGCGUCCAGUACCUGGUGGAGCAUGCACGGCGAGUGAAAGAGGCCCAAGGGACGUUCAAGUUCAACGAAAGUGUGCUGCAAACGAAGGGUGUUUUGCUGGCGAGCGCGCUUCUCAUCCGACUGGACAUUGCACUGCUCGGCGACUUUCUCUCGCUUUACAACGCCGCAACUCCACUGGCGACCCGGUGCGAACUAUUCGUCAAUCUUCAGAAAAAUAUGGAUGACUGCCACGGCCUGAUUCAGCUUGCCAGCGAGCUGCAUCGAGUCGCCCAUCAAGUCGAGGGGUACGUCUUCCUUGCACAACUGUGCGCGCUGCAGCGAUCACACAUAAAAGAGAUAGCGGAUGCGGAGAGUCGGUUGGUUGAAGGACGGGAUGCCCUGGAUGCUGCCGAGCAACUUUGUAAGCAGUAUCCAGGCCAAACUCAGGGGUUAUCGGAAGAGAUUGAGAGCGCCAAGGCCAUGCUGAGAGGCUCGACUUUCUAUAGCGCCGUCUCCAACGAAGAACGCAUGGCGGUAAUUACGGCCAUGAACCGCGAAUUCAGAGGCACCGGACAUUGGUACUAUUGUCCAAACGGACACCCCUUUACGAUCGGCGAGUGUGGAGGUGCGAUGCAAGUCUCGACGUGUCCCGAGUGUGGUGCUCAGGUUGGGGGCCGGGGCCAUCAAACGGUCGACGGCGUUACGCGUGCGAACGACUUGGAAAACAGGGUUGCAAAUCUGACAAUUGGAUGAUGUGAGGUUAGACAAGGACGUACUUGAAGGUGUUGCGAGCACAGCUGUUGGCUUGUUGUCUUGUGUUGUUGAUGUGUCAACUUUGUAAUGUUGGUGCGUGAUAGGCUACAUAAUGCACAUAGAGGCAUAAAAUUCAGAAUUAAUUGCUUGUUGUUAUGUG